AUGAAAAUCAACUAUGGUAUCAUAUUCUCGAUAUUCUACACAAUUGCGCCGGUCCAGUGUAUUCUGAAGUGUUUGUCAGGUCACUCUCAAUACGCCACUCAAUGCACAUCCCAGUCAUACUGUGUCUCAAUCACAUCCAAGAAUGGGCCUGUACAAAGAUCUUGUGAUGGCAACUCUAUCUCGCAAAUCUCACUCUGCUCAAUGUACGCGAUGCACGGAAUUCCAAGAACAAUCUCGACAGACUAUUCUAACUUUCCCAUCUCUCUUGGCGGACCAGCAUCACAAGCCGCCCCUAUCCCAAAAAUGUCGUCCUCUUCGUCCCGAAGCUCUCGUCGUGCUCCAAUGCAAAUGUGCUUCAACGCCGGAGACCUUGGUGACGUCUGUUGUUGCAACACGGACUACUGUAACUCGUCACGCCUACAGAAAUAUAUUCUCACCAUCGUAUUCCCAAUUGUGUGGAUAUUCAGGGGAAUUUAUUAA